AAAUCAUGACGAUAUUCAACUUCUAAUAUUUAGAACAUUAAUAAAAGGCAUCUCAUCUGGAGUUUUUCCUGCUUCACAACAGCUCGGACAUGAAAUUCGGGUAUUACAUGCCUAUUUUACGACUUUAUCAGCAAAUAUGGAAGAUGAUAAUGAAGAAUUUGAUCCAGUUCCAAUGUUGUUGGACACUCUUUUAAAAAUUGCUUCAGGACAUACAGCAUUCAGUUUAACUUUGGGUUUGACACAGAAUUUCCACCAAUUUUUUGAUCAAUUUGAACAUUCUGUUUAUUUGCUUGAGCAAAGACUACAAAACAUCUUGCAAGUUGCAGAUAAAAAUAGGCAAUUUCUUGACGAAGUCGUGCAACAUUCUGGAUUAAAUGAUUCAGAUAGUGGAAGAUUUAUUUUGGAUAGGGUUUUUCCUCAUUUGUUUGUUUACAACUGUCAACAAAAAAUCCAACAACCAACUAUUGAACAGCAAAUGCAACUUUGUUUUCAACAUUUUAAAAUCUUUUUUAAAGACGGGCUCACAAAAUUCUUCAAUAUGCCAAAGAGCUGCAAUAUAUUAUUCGAGGAUAAAGAAGAACUAGCUGAUGAAGAAGAAUCUUAUAAUAGUGAUGAAUAA